CUGGUGGGCGCCAUGGAGGAGCUGAGCCAGUGCCGGUUGCAGCAGUGGAACAUCUCUGCCACGGUGGACAAACUCACCCAGUGCCUUCCCGUUCUGGAGAUGGAGAGCAAGCUGAGGGAGCAGAUGAAGUCCAAAAGGCAUUAUCCCGCCCUGAAGACCUUAGAGCACCUCGAGCGGAUGUGUUUGCCUCAAGUCAGCCAUUACCGCUUCUGCAAGGUCCUGCUGGAGAACAUUCCGAAGCUGCGGGAGGAGAUCAAGGAGGUUUCCAUGUCUGACCUCAAAGACUUCCUGGAGAGCAUCCGUAAACACUCGGACAAGAUUGGGGAGACGGCCAUGAAACAGGCCCAGCAGCAGAGGGACCUGGAUGGCCUGGUGGGGCAGCCCUUGAGAGUCGGGGGCCGAAGGUGCAGGAGAGAGGCUGGCGCAAACUCCGGGCUGGAGGUCAAGAGCCCCACUCCGAUCUCCGAGCAGGAUUCCGGGAUCCUGGACGUGGAAGAGGAGGAAGAAGAGGAAGAAGAGGAGGAAGAGGUGCCUGGUGCUCAGGAUUUGGUGGACUUCUCCCCCGUCUACCGCUGCUUCCACAUCUACUCCGUGUUGGGAGCCCGAGAGACCUUCGAGAGCUACUACCGGAAGCAGAGGAGGAAGCAGGCCCGGCUGGUUCUGCAGCCCCCCUCCAACAUGCACGAGACCCUCUCCGGCUACCGGAAGUACUUCAAUCAGAUUGUGGGCUUUUUUGUCAUCGAGGACCACAUUCUGCACACAAGCCAGGGCUUGGUGGACAGAGCCUACAUCGAUGAACUCUGGGAUAUGGCCCUCUCCAAGACCAUCGCUGCCCUCCGGACACAUUCGUCCUAUUGCUCGGACCCAGACCUGGUGCUGGAUCUGAAAAACCUCAUUGUGCUCUUUGCUGACACUCUCCAGGGCUACGGCUUCCCGGUCAACCAGCUCUUUGACCUGCUUCUGGAGAUCCAGGACCAGUACAGUGAGACGCUACUGAAGAAAUGGGCAGGAGCCUUCAGAAAUAUUCUGGAUUUGGAUAACUACAGCCCCAUCUCGGUGGCCAACGAAGAGCAGUACGAGAAGAUGGUGGGGCAGUUCCCGUUCCACGACGCGGAGCUGGAGAAGCAGCCGUUCCCCAGGAAGUUCCCCUUUUCCGAACUGGUGCCUCGGGUUUAUAACCAGAUCAAGGAAUUCAUCUACGCCUGCCUGAAGUUCUCUGAAGACCUUCAUCUGAGCUCCACGGAGGUGGACGACAUGAUUCGGAAAUCGACUAACUUGCUGUUGACUCGAACCCUGAGCAACUGUUUGCAGAACGUCAUUCGGAGGAAGAACGUCGGCCUGACCGAGCUGGUCCAGAUAAUUAUCAACACUACGCACUUGGAAAGAUCCUGCCGUUUCCUGGAAGAGUUCAUAACCAACAUCACCAACGUUCUUCCAGAAACUGUCCACACCACGAAGCUUUAUGGGAUGGCCACUUUCAAGGACGCCCGCCAUGCCGCAGAGGAGGAGAGCUACACUAACUUGAACCAGAAGAUUGACCAGUUCUUGCAACUUGCCGACUACGACUGGACGACCACGGAAGCUGCCCCCAAGGCCAGCGGCUACCUGGUGGACCUCAUCGCUUUCCUGCGCAGCACCUUUGCGGUCUUCACCCACCUGCCUGGCAAGGUAGCGCAGACCGCCUGCAUGUCCGCCUGCAAGCACCUGUCCACCUCGCUGAUGCAGCAGCUCCUGGAAGCCGAAGUCCGACAGCUGUCCCUGGGCGCCUUGCAGCAGUUCAGCCUGGACGUGGCAGAGUGCGAACAGUUUGCCAGAUCCGGGCCGGUGCCUGGGUUCCAAGGGGACACGCUGCUGCUGGCCUUCAUCGACUUGAGACAACUGCUGGACCUCUUUCUCCAAUGGGACUGGUCGACGUACCUGGCCGACUACGGGCAGCCCACCUGCAAGUACCUUCGGGUGAACCCGACGACCGCGCUGGCCUUGCUGGAAAAGAUCUCCCGAGAGAUGAAGGACACCAGCCGCAAGAACAAUGUCUUCGCCCAGUUCCGGAAGAACGAGAGGGACAAGCAGAAGCUGAUCGAGACGGUGGCCAAGCAGCUGCGCACCCUCAUCAGCAGCAGCCACCACUCGUGA